CCCGCCCCUCCCCCGCUGGGCCCGCCCCUCGCCGGGGCUGUGGCGCGCCGUCCGCCGCUGCCACCUCAGCCGCGCUUGGUUCAGCCAGACGCCCGCUGCUUACUGCCCGGAGCUGACGGUCCCAGCACGCUCGCCGCCUCUGCCAGCACGACAGAUUCAUCCAUGAGCUCGGAUUUCCCACAUUACAACUUCAGGAUGCCUAAUAUUGGAUUCCAGAACCUGCCACUCAACAUAUAUAUUGUGGUUUUCGGCACUGCUAUAUUUGUCUUCAUCCUUAGUUUACUCUUCUGUUGCUACUUGAUUAGGCUAAGACAUCAAGCACACAAAGAAUUUUAUGCCUACAAACAGGUUAUAUUAAAAGAAAAAGUAAAAGAACUGAAUUUGCAUGAGCUCUGUGCAGUGUGUCUAGAAGACUUCAAGCCUCGAGAUGAGUUGGGGAUUUGUCCAUGUAAGCAUGCCUUCCACAGAAAGUGCCUUAUCAAAUGGCUGGAAGUUCGCAAAGUAUGUCCACUGUGCAACAUGCCAGUUCUGCAGCUGGCCCAGUUGCACAGUAAGCAGGACCGUGGACCCCUACAGGGACCCCUCCCUGGGGCAGAGAACAUUGUAUAGCUCACCACAAUGAUCAAACUGUUGCAGGAUCUGGGAGGAGCAGAGCUGGGAGGAACACAAGUGGUCUCUGUGUUGGCUGGUCUACCUAGGGCACCAGCUGCUGCUUCCUUUGUCUCAUGAAGAACUCUCGGGCCAGCUAGGCUGGGAACCCAGAUUUCUGGGUCUUGUGACAACCAAAGUACUCUGAUACUACCCCGUGCCAAGAGGAAUGGAUGAGCCCGCAAUUUGGUUCAAGAAACCUCAUGAGGAUCUCUUGCUAACUCCAUUACAUUCUGUCUCCCAGACACUCAUCUCCACACCAAGAUGAAUCUUUAUCAACCAGAAGGGAAGAUAAACCCAAGUGUUACAGAAAGGAACUGAAGGCAGGUCUUUAAAGCCCCUACCCUCCCCCCCCACACACACACACCCUGGGGACACACGAGCUUCUCUGCAGACCCUGCACACCUUUGCAGCAGCAAACCCUCCCAGCAGCCUCUAAGCCAAGUGAAAACAGCGGUUACCUCAGCCCAGGCACAGCCGGCUGCAGUGCCGGAGGCAGUGUCAACAAGGCCAUUCACAUUACGUUCCUUUGGUAAGGCCAUCUUGGAAACCCAGGGGCUUGGUUACAACAAAGCAGCAGUAGCUGCCACCACUGAUUCUUCAAGUCCACAUUUGCUUACAAAUCAUCUGAGCUAAAAACAGUACAUGUGCUUGGAAUGGUCUGGUCAAAAGCCAUUUCCUCUUAUUUCCCCUCCUACUCACCAGUGAGGCACAGCCAAGCCACCAUCAGGAGCCCCAGCAGGGGGUGGGUCUCUGAGCCCAUGCUGUCCCUGUAUGACCCGAGCACCCCAGGGUGCUGCCCACAUCCCCACAUAUACAAUGUGGCUCCAGUGUAGCUGCUAGUCUUGGCCCACUGCCCCAGUAGGAAGCUGCUGUGAGCCCUUCCCAUGGCUCCGGAAAGGAGCAUCUCUCUGAUAAUGGCCAGUCCUCCUGGCCUUGCUGAGCUGGGGAGGCUGCUAACCCCUUGCCUCUCCCUGUCCUGCCCUCUGUUCUCUUUCCUCCCUUCCCUUCCCUGUCUGUUUCUUCUCAAGAGAAAAUACCUGUCGUUGACAUUUUAACUUUAAAGCAUCGCAAAUAACAUCCCGAUGUAAUUCUGAAGCCAGGGAUGCACUUGGAAUUGUAGUUUCAGGAAGCUCCUGCAGGGCUGUUCAUCAUUGGCAUGUGCCUCAGUAUUCAGACGACGAUAACUGAGUGUCGUUACAGGAGAAAAACGCAUGCUGCUCUUUGGUUCUUUGUCCUACUUUUCUAGAAAUGACUGAGUCCAGCAGGAUUCAUGACUACUUUAUAGGUUCACUAUGUGAAGCAGCAUUGGGUCAGACAGCAAGUUCUCUUCCACAGCCCUGCUCUCCACCUCCUUCCAGAUUAGGGGUGGCCUCCUCAACAGCGCUGCCUCUGCUCCACCCGACAGGUGCGAAUAGGGGCAGCUUCUCAUGGGAAAUGCAGCGUGUAUGACACGGAGCGGGGGUGGAGGAAACUUUGCUACUCUGUUCAGGGAAUGUCUCCAGGAAUAUUUUUGGAAUCCAGCCUCUACUGUCUUAGGAUGGGAGAGGGAACCUAUCCUUGGCUCAGAUGGCUGGGAUCAGAUGAGGAGGAAAAUUCCCAUUAGCCUAGAAAAGUGCUGGGCAGAAUCCAGUUUGGAAAAUUACAAAUCCAUUGGUCAGAAUUGGCUGUACCCUAUGUGACCUAUUUGUGGUAUGCCAACUGGACUGCUGCUUUAAACAGGGCAAGGGAAGUGUGGAAUAGUUUUAUAUGAAAGCCUUAUUAGCCUGUCUGGCGCCCAUGCAAAGAGCUAUUUGCACACUCGUACUUUCACCCUGUUUCUGCACUCACUGUAGCACAGUAGAGGUGAAUGCUGGGAAGCACUCAGUUUCCAGUGAAAUGUUUUCAGUGACCGAUGUCAGAGGCAGGCUUGCUUCUGGACUUGCCUCAUUAAUAGCCAACACUCACCGUUUUCAUGUAACAGCCUUGGGACAAAUGUCACAUCUUCGUUAUAAAGUUCCAAUAGGGAAAAAUUCUUCCCUUCAGAGGAGGAAUUCUUGUGUUCUGUGCUUGCAAAUUAUUUUCAUCUCACAGCUUUCACAGGAUUUCAAUGUAUCAGUACCAAGGAGACAGACUCACGAAGUCCCUGUAUUUGUAGUCAUCUCAGCAUUUGUGAACGUGAAGGGCUUUUAAAAACUCGGCUCUUCCACUAAGGUGGGGCUUGACACUGACGUGGUUGAGUGUUGACUCUGCUAGUAGUCAGCGUCCCUUUCCUGGCUUAGUGUCCUACUGUGUCACCUGGCCAGUGUCACUCAUGAUUCUUAUGCCUCCUAACAACGCAACACAAAUGUUUGCUCCCAUCUAGGUCCUCCUCCAGGACUUAACUGGGCUGCACCGCUGUAACAGAGUGGCCAGGGUUUAAUUUACAUCUUCCUUUAAUUCUGAUUAAAAUCAGUUUUAUGUGAAGGACAAGGUCAAAAUCUCCAUUAUUAAGGAAGUUAAAGAUUCCUUAACACUCUUUGGUCAGGCUCACAGUGAGACAGUGAGGCUGUGCUGUCCAGAUCUAUCUCCAUGAGUUAUUCGCCUUUUAUUAAUCUGUGAGGACUCUGGUCUGCUUUUGGGCUGCUGGCAGGUGACGUGGUUUUAUAACUUAGUCUUAACGUGUCUUAAGCAGCUCAGAGUUGGGUGUGGCUUGUGUACCACGGGCUAGAGGAGCAGAACUUAGCCUCAACUCAACUCCACGGGUGGGUCAAUCAUUAUCUAGUUGUUACUAGGGGUACAGCUGAAUUUGGCUGGCUGCAGGAAAAGGAAACAAAACCAGCCUGACCUGAUUCCUGGCUGAGUAGGUACAGAGAUUUGGUCAGGCCAAGAAAGUAAUGGUCAGAUAGGAGCAGGUGGCCCAUGGAGAGUUCUGUGCUAAGGGAUACUGAGGACCUCCCACCGUGGCUAAAUGCCCUGUUCUUAACAAAGAUCCUUUCUUUCCACAUCCCUAUUCCAAAGCCUAUCAUUUUCAUGGCCUGAUUCCACUCUAAGUUAAUUUGAACAACUACAGUAACUGUUUCUGAGAGGUUUUCUGGGAAUGAGGAAAUGCACACAAGGAGACAUUCCCCAGAGUUUUGGACAGAAAAGCUGCUCAGGUUUUCAGCCACCCCCUUGCCACUCACUAGCCAUGUGCCUUUCUGCAAGUUAGCCUCUCAAAGCCUGUUUCCUUAGCUGCUCACCCAGGAGUGUGUACCAAGGGUGUCCCCACCAGCCCUUAUGGGGACUGACUACCAUGUCUGGAGCCCAGCAGGCAGGCCUGGGGGGUCAUAGGAGCUGGUGCUACUAAGUGACAUCAUCAUGCUGGCCACAUGGGACUCCCCUGUUGUCCUGAUAGAAACCACAGCUGAAAGCCUCCUGAGAUUUAGGGGCUCUCCACUGAGCCCCAGUUCACCUGGCUCCCUUCCCUUUCCCCUCCUGAUCUGCCUCAGUCAUUUCCAUUUACUUUUGCCCACUGUGCUCCUCAAUGUGGUUUCGCUCAGCGCUGAAUAUUCCUUCUAAAUUCUUUGAAUAGGUAAUCCCUUCACGUGGUUCACAAAUCAUAAAGUUAAGUCGUCCUUGCAUUCCUGAACUCCAGUAAGCCAAGUUUCCCACCCCUUGAGUACACACUAUUAGUUGGUUCCUUGUGAACCUUCCCGAGUUCGUUCAUGCAUAUACAAGCAAGUACACACACACGUACAUGUAUGUAGGUAUGUGUGUGUGUAUAUGUAUCUAUAUAUACACAGCUGACUCUUGAACAACACAGGUUAGGUGUGCUGACACCCUGUAUGGCCUGCAUGUAACCUGACAGUCAGCUAUCCGUAUCGGUGGUUCUGCAUCUGUGGAUUCAACCAACCUUGGACCGUGUAGAAUGUCUUUAUUGAAAAAAAUCCAUGUGUAAGUAGACCUCAGUUCAAAUCCAUCUUGUUCAAGAAUCAA